AGUCUCAGUUUUCACUAUUGAUUUAUUUAUUCUUUUAAAUUUUCCUUCCCCUCCUAUUAUUAAAUUUUAAAUCUUUCUGGUUUAGCAAGCAGCUGAUGAGUGUCUGAUGGUUGUAGUUCAUCCUAAUUGAUGACCUGUGCGGUUUGGAUUUGGGUGAAUGAUUAUGUGGGAGAAGGGUUGGCUUGAGUUCCCUUUUACUGCCCUGCUGCCAGCAUUGUUUGUUUGUUUGUUUGUUUGUUUUUGUUUUUGUUUUUGUUUUUGUUUUCCGUCUAGUACAUUUGAGAACAUUGUCAAUCCUGUGGAGGAGCUUACCUAAUGUUUAGGUGUUGCACGCCUACAAGAAUCAAACCAUGGUACCCUCUAAGAUGCUUGUUUAACCAAGUUGUAGUACCCAGUAAGACGUGCCUUUACCGCUACUUGGUCUUCCCAGCAUUAUUUUAUAUGUGAAUUUUUGGAUGUGCACUUAAAUGUCAAAUCCUGAAUUAUUAUUAUUAUUAUUAUUAUUAUUAUUAUUAUUUUGUAAUUGGUUUAUUAAUUGACAAGCAGAAAGAAACAUAGGAGUAGGGUUUGAAUACAAUAAUAUAUGUUACAAUAAAUUUGUUAAGCUUGUAUUGAUUCUGAGAAUAUUCAUUUUACAGACAUCACUUAGAUUGGUUUCUUUUCAGGAAAGCACUGGUUGAUUAGACACGAAAUCUUAUCUGAAAGAACAUCAACCGCAGUAUAUGUAGAUAUCAAUUCCAAAUUCUGAACCCUAAUCACUAUUCUGGGUAUUUAUUUGUUUUGGCAAAAACAAUGUUUUCUUCUUCGUUGUGAACAAAGUUGUGACAAACAUCCAUUUCCUGUAGUUGGCAUCUGUCUUGAUGGAGAUUGGAACAAUAGCAAUUUUAAGUUUUCUCUUGGUUAUGAUCUUGUGGAGGAUAUCAUUGAUAUUUCACAAAUCCUUGGAGGGAAGAAGGACUGGAGUUUGCUUAUAUCCUGAAGGCAGCUCCAAGAUUAUAGCACCGGCUAUUGGCAAAGUCCUUGAUGAGAUUGAGAAGCCUAUCAGGUUUUCUUCUCAGCAACUUAAAACCGCGACGGACAAUUUCUCCAAUUUGUUAGGUACAGGUGGUUUUGGGGCGGUUUACAAAGGAACUUUCUCUACUGGCUUACCAGUUGCAGUGAAAGUUCUCAAUGGGAGCUCUGAAAGGAGAAUAGAGGAACAGUUUGUGGCUGAAGUUAGCACUAUGGGGAGAACACACCAUAUCAAUCUUGUUCAGCUUUAUGGGUUUUGCUUUGACAUACAACUCACUGCUCUUGUCUAUGAGUUCAUGGAGAACGGUUCUCUGGAUCGGCUACUAUUCAACAAAAAUGAAAACAUCGAGUGGGAGAAAUUACACGAUAUUGCGAUUGGAACAGCCAAAGGUAUUGCGUAUUUACAUGAAGAGUGUCAGCAGAGGAUAACCCAUUACGACAUAAAACCCGAAAAUAUUCUUCUGAAUGUAGAUUUCUGUCCCAAGGUUGCUGACUUCGGAUUGGCAAAGCUUUGCAAUCGAGAGAAAACUCACAUGACACUGGCUGAAGGGAGGGGGACUCCUGGGUAUGCUGCUCCAGAAUUGUGGAUGCCGUUUCCUAUAACCCACAAGUGCGAUGUUUACAGCUUUGGGAUGCUUCUAUUUGAGAUUUUGGGAAGGCGAAGAAAUUUGGAGGUGAAUUCAUCAGAUAGUCAAGAGUGGUUUCCGAGAUGGGUUUGGAAAAAAUUUGAAAAAGGAGAGGUUUCGGAUGUAAUGGUGAUUUGCAAUAUUAAAGACAAGGAGGAUAAAGAGAAGGCAGGGAGGGUGGUGGUGGUUGCAUUGUGGUGCGUUCAGUAUCUGCCGGAGGAGAGGCCUCUGAUGAGUGUUGUGGUGAAGAUGUUGGAAGGAGGGGUAGAGUUGCCGAUGCCUAGAAAUCCAUUUCGACACUUGAUGGUUGCAGGGUCACCCUUUCCGGAUAGGGUUGCUGAAUUAACAAAGGGUGGUGGUGUAUGCAAUUCCAACUCAGAAUCUUCUCAAACAUCAACACAAUAUGAGAUUGAAAUAAGCUAGAACCUGAGGAGUGGUUGACGACUUAUGGCAUCAGGAGCUGAGAUUAUCUUAUGACUCAGCUGCCUAGGUAUCUAAGUUCUAAAACCAAUAUGGGACAUUUUUAGGUUUUUAAACAGGACUGACAUUUUCCAAAUCAGCUUUAAAUUGCUAAUUUCUCUUAAUAUGUAAUUGAUGUAUAACAAACUUAAUUUAAUUUCCUUUUUUUCCUUUUUUUC